GCAAGAGACGUGGCCACCCGCACCAGACCGCCCUCCGCCGCAGAAGACACCUCCAGUUUUUGCCGGUAGAUAGCUGUCAUCAUCUAUGCAGUCCGUCGACGUACACCUGCAGACCUCUCCUCCAACCACUAUCGCUUGUUGAGCUAUGCGCCCAAGCAAUGCUCACGAUUGGCGCACCCCUCCGCAAAUGGACGCCCCUCCUUCUGCUCUGCAGCCUCGCGGCUCUCGCGCAAACGACAGAUAACACCACCACCACGGUGGAAUCGAGUUCCAACGUAUCCGUAACUUCUCUGCAAACAUCGACGAAGUCUCCUUCUCCCACGCGAUCAUCGCCGGGCACGCCGCCUUCGACGUCGUAUGAGUCGACCUGCGCUUUUCGCACGAUCAACUAUAUAAUACACACGCUACCUCAGCAAUGUGCAAAGACGACUUGGUCUCCUCCUUCUCCUACGGCGGAAGCUGGGGUGCAAGAACCAUCCGUCGCAUGGGCUGGAAUACCAUGGGUUAGGGACAUAUCUGCUGAAAAUGCGUCCGCAAUCCAACAAGGCACCUAUGCAGCGCCAAACGGAACGACAGCGACGCGGAUAGCUGAUGCUGCGGCGGCGAGCCCUGUAGGGUCUGCGGAUACUGAGGCCGAAACCGAGACAGACUCUCUCCUCGACAGUGCCAAGUUUCUGUCCUUUGAGGAAUGGAAGAAGAAGAAUCUGGCUCGGGCAGGGCAGUCUCCAGAGACUGUCGGGCAGGGCCGCGCUGCAUCUUCUGAGGCGAGAACACGCCACAGACCGGUCAAUGUGAAUGCAAUGGACGCUCUAGGGGAAGAGUCGGAGAUUGAUAUCGAUUUCAGUGGCUUUGUGAACAGCGAUGGGGCAACGAGUGACGGGCCUUCUCCUGCAGAGCCUGUUGGUGCGGCCGACGCAACCAAGUCCGACGACGAGGGUGACAAAGUGGCACCCACCUCCUUUGCGCUCAGCAAAGACGCUGGGAAGACAUGCAAGGAACGGUUUAAUUAUGCCUCCUUCGACUGUGCAGCGACCGUACUCAAGACCAACGACAAGGCCAAGAGUUCCACUGCUGUUCUCGUGGAGAACAAGGACAGCUACAUGCUGAACGAAUGCUCGGCGCAGAACAAGUUCAUCAUUGUCGAGCUCUGCGACGAUAUCCUCGUGGACACGGUCGUUCUCGCCAACUACGAGUUCUUCUCCUCCAUGUUCCGCCACUUUCGUGUCAGCGUCUCUGACCGAUAUCCCGUGAAGCUGGACCGAUGGAGGGUCCUGGGUACCUUUGAGGCUCGCAAUUCUCGGGACAUUCAGCCUUUCCUGAUCAAGGAACCUCAGAUAUGGGCGCGGUAUCUACGCAUUGAAUUUCUCAGCCACUAUGGCAGCGAGUUCUACUGUCCUAUCAGCCUGCUCCGAGUGCAUGGUACGACCAUGAUGGAGCAGUUUAGACGUGAAGAGGAGCAAGCGAGAGGUGAUGACGAUUUUGUGGAACCGAUAGAGGUGGCUGAUGGAGAUGCUGUCAAGACCGCCGUUGCUGUGGUAGAUCACGAGACUCUCGUUCCUGCGGAGCAGCCUCCCAUCGACAAGGAGAGAGCCCAGGCCGUGGUACCGGGAGAGAAGCCCGAUUCCGAGAACACAACUACUGUAGGAGAUGCUUCAUCAACCGAUGUCACCGAUGGUACCAAAGCAGCAUCAGAGCGUGCUGAGGAUCAUACAUCAUCCCAUGACUCCUCCUCUGCCGCCGAUUCAGGGACUGGGCAGCCAUCAAACCCAUCCAUGGCGGAUUCGGGACUUGGAAACAUCACCGGCUCUGCAAGAGAUUCCGCUUCAGAGAAAGAGCCCAACAAGGAUACAACAUCCUCGUCGCACUUCACAGACGAAACUUCUUCUUCCUCCACCGGGAUAGAUAACAACAGUGUAACCAUCCCAACCGAUCAACAAGCCGGCCCCAAAACAUCUCUCAACGAUUCGAACAGCACACCAUCCACCACCGGCUCCAGCAGGUCUACCGACUCCACUCCUCCCAAUCCCCAACCCCCGUCUCAACCCCAUCAGCCACGUGCGUCCUCCCCAACCCAACCCUCGCCCCCGGCCCCGACAACCCAGGAAUCCUUCUACAAAUCCAUCCACAAACGCCUCCAACAACUCGAAGCCAACUCGACCCUCUCGCUCCAAUACAUCGAAUCGCAAUCCCUGCUCCUCCGCGACGCCUUCAUCAGCAUCGAGAAGCGGCAGGUGGCCAAGACGGAGAAGUUCCUGGCGCACCUCAACGCGACGGUGAUGCAGGAACUCAAGAGCUACCGCGCGCUGUACGAGCAGCUGUGGCAGAGCACGGUGCUGGAGCUGGAAGGGAUGAAGGAGAGGCAGAGGCGGGUCGAGGAGGAGGUGGGGACGCGGCUGGGCAUCGUGGCGGAUGAGCUCGUGUGGCAGAAGAGGAUGGCGUUGGUGCAGAGUACGCUCCUGCUGCUCUUCUUUGGGGUGGUGCUGUUUGUGAGGAGUGGGCCUUUGGGGGGUGCGGGUGCUGCGCAGCAACAGCAGCAGGGUCGGACAGAGAGGCAGGUGGGAGGGUAUGGGGAGAAUAUGUAUACUCGCCUGUUUGACAUUUCGCCGCCCAGGAGUCCGCGUGAGGGGGAGAGUUAUGGGCUGUUGAGACGGCGACGCACGUUUAGGGAUAUGUGGCGCGGGAGUGGUGGUGGGAGUCAGGGGAGCGAUACGAGUCCUCCGGGGUUGUUGGGCGCGGGGGGGAGAGAACGCGGACAUGGGCGCGGACAUGGCAGUGAUGGAGCCGUGGGCGUGAGCGAUGUCGAUACUGAGGGAGCGAGGAGUCCGGUUGUCGAGGGGUUCUCGAGCCCGGAACCAGGGCCGGCUGAGCUUGCGCGGUCGCCGGCACGUGAGGAUGAGGAGGAGAAGGAAGUGGAUCGUGUGGGUGAUGGUGCGACGACGACGGCGACGGUGAAAGAGAUAGGGGAGGUGGACACGGGGCUCUUGACUCCGGUUACGAGUAUCACGUCGUCUGAGACGUACAGGCAGACUCCGGAGGAGCCUGCAAGUAGUAGUAGCAGCAGCAGCAGCAGGGCGAAUGUACGGCUCGGAGAGGAAGCGAGACUGGAAGUGUUGGCUACGCAGUCGGGACCCGCGACGCCGAGGGGGAGGAGGGAUGUCAGGGCUAGCUGGGAGGUGGUGGGUGAGGCGGUUGAGAGGCUUGCGGAGGAUGAAAAGGAGGGUGGAUUGGGAGGGGAGGGGAACUAGGAGUCUGCCUGGAAGGUUGGAGAGGUGUGCGUGUGAUGAUGGCCGUAGUGUUGGUUAUGAUGACGACGCCGCCGACGAUGGUAAUGAUAAUGCGGAAUUGCACGAGGAAGCUCGAGAUGCGUCCUGUGGGUUUCGGGCUUGAUGGUGUUGCCGGCGUUGUGGUACUCUUUUCCUCCUUUCCAUCAUUUUUUGGUCCUGCAUCGUCUGUCUGUGUCUGGGUUGCGGAUACCAACUUGUUCACCCGUUUUUUCUGCAUAUUGGAUCUUGGUCGACUGUUAUUCUUUCUUUCUUUUUUUCCAGUUCUGUCGCAGCUUUCGCAGCGUUGAAGAGCGUAUUAAUCGCGUGCAUGAGCAUUCGUCUUUGGGGCGGUUUUACUGGGGUUGGUUGGGAUGCAUCGUCGAUAGGUAUACUUUCUACUGUGGUUAGUAGCUUCGGCUUCUUCGUAAUGUUCAAUAGCAUAUGGGAUGUUUUCUUGAUUUGAC